AUGCAACGAGUUGACGCCAAACGCGCGAGCGAGCUGUCGCUGUUCCGCCCCCUGGGUGCAUCGUACUACGCUAACUCGACCUCCGUACACCCGGAACAUUACGAGGACCUAAUCAAUGGCGGUUGGCGGCGAUCGGGGAACCUCUACUACAAACAAAAUUUGCUGCAAUCUUGUUGUCCUCAUUACACUUUAAGGCUAGAGGCUACGGCCUAUCGCCCCCGCCGCGAUCAACGCAAGGCCAUCAACAAAUGGAACAAGUUCAUCCUAGGUCCGGAGUAUAUGCGCAAGGCUGCCCGCCUCUGCCCGCGAACUCGCGAAGAGAAAAAGCACCGCAAGUGCAACUUUGACCUUGUGUCAGCUGUCCAUCUGAGCGAGUAUGACAAUGUCAAACGGCCCAUCGACCCUGCCACUAAGCGUCCCAUUGAGCCGGCACACCGCUUCGAAGUCACCAUCGAAGGAGACUCUGUGUCCCAGGCAAAGUUUGAGCUGUUCGUUAAAUACCAAACUGCCAUCCAUAAAGAGGAUGUCUCUCACUGGAAACCCAAGGAUUUCCAACGCUUCCUAUGCACAGGGAUCAAGCGAUCACCGAACCCGCUAGCAGCCAACAACGCCUCUGAGAAGAAAGUCGGUUCAUGGCAUCAGUGCUAUCGUCUCGAUGGCGAGCUCAUUGCCGUUGCGGUCCUCGACCUGGUGCCCAGCGGCGUCAGCUCUGUCUACGUCUUUUAUGAUCCGGCCUACGAGCAAUGGGAAAUCGGUAAGCUGAGUGCUAUGCGCGAAAUUGCCUUCUCGGUCGAGAACCAAUAUCCGUACUACUACAUGGGGUACUACAUUCACUCCUGUCAGAAAAUGCGGUACAAGGCCAAUUUCCGCCCCCAGUACAUCCUUGACCCUGAAUCCGGCGACUGGGAUCCGCUUGAUGGAGAACUGGCGGAGAAGCUUAAUUCUCGUUCUUACGUAUCCUUGUCUCGGGACCGGGCUUCCUCCCCUGCGCCUCUAGUCUCGGAGAACGAGACCAACGCCGAUGCAGAUGACGUCUCACUCUUUGAGAUUGGGAUGCCUGGCAUUCUUACCCUCUCCCAGGUGGAAGAACUAGACCUGGAUCAUUGGUUGCUGUUUGUUAAGAACAAUCUUGUUCAUAUGAAGGAUUUGGUCAAAUGGGAAACCAUGUCUAUGACUUCACCAAUGUCUAUCAAGGGUAUAAUUGCUGAAUUAGCAGCCGUGCUAGGCCCUAAAGUAGUCCGCAACAGUGCAGUGGACUUGUUUGGCUAA